GCGAGAGGGCGCGGCGAGCUGCCGGCGCGCGGGGCCGGGUCCUUGCCGGGCCCGGGUGCGAGACGCUCGGAGGGACCCGGGGCCGAGGGAGCGCGGCGGGCACGCGCGCCAUGAACCCGAAGGCAAGCGGUGAGGAGGAGGACUGCGUGGACUCGGGCGCCGAGACCGGAGGGUCCGACUACAGCCAUCUGUCCUCCACCAGCAGUGAGCUUUCUGUGGAGGAGGCACAGGACCCUUUCCUGGUGAGCAUCCACAUCAUCGCAGACCCAGGGGCAUCUCAGCCACUGCAGGAGGCCAUCGACAAGGUCUUGGCGUGGGUUCACCCUGACCUCCCACUGUUCCGAGUGUCUGAGCGGCGCACAGGCAGGCGAAGGCGGAAGUCCCCCAAGGGUGCGCAGCCGGCGGUGGCUGUGGUACUGUUCCUGCAGGAGGAGUAUGGAGAGGAGCAGAUCCUGCAGGUGCACCAGGUGCUGCAACGGCCGCCCUGGCGCCACCACCACACAGAGCGCGUGCACGGCCGCUUCCUACCCUAUCUGCCCUGUAGCCAGGACUUCUUCACUCUGGCCCCUGGGACCCCGCUGUGGGCCAUCCGGCCCGUGCACUAUGGCAAAGAAAUCGUGCGCUUCACCAUCUACUGUCGCCAUGACAGCUAUGCUGACAGCCUCCGCUUCUAUGAGCUGAUCCUGCGCCGGAGCCCCAGCCAGCGGAAAGCGGACUUCUGCAUCUUCCCCAUCUUCUCCAACCUGGAUAUAGACAUCCAGUUCUCCCUGAAAAGACUGCCCUGCGACCAGAACCCAGUGCCCACCGACUCCUCCGUGCUGGAGUUCCGAGUGAAGGACAUUGGGCAGCUGGUACCCCUCCUUCCCAACCCCUGCAGCCCCAUCAGCGAGGGGCGCUGGCAGACUGAGGACCACGAUGGCAACAAGAUCCUUCUGCAGGCACAGAGGACACACAAGAAGGUCCCCAGAGGCAGCAGAGCACACCGCUCCUCUGAGAAGAGGCCUCAUCCCACACCUUCGCCAACCAUCGACACUGUAAGCACAGCACAGGGCAACAGCCAGACAGCCCUGCAGAACAGCCCAUCCCUGGGGUCUAGCCCGGUGGCCCUGCUUCCCGGGAACAAGCAGGAGUGUACCCCACAGUCAAGCACCUCCAGCCCUGCCUGGUCUUUCCAGAGGAGCAAGUCUUUGUUUUGUUUGCCCAGUGGAGGCCCCUCCCCAACUGAACCACAGCCGCCAUUGACUGGUUCCCAGAGACACAGCGCAUCAGAGUGGAGACCCGGUCACCUCCUGUCCAUUGAUGACUUAGAGGGGGCCCAGGAGACAGAUGUGGACACGGGCCUGCGGCUGUCCUCUUCAGACCUGUCUGUGGUCUCUGCGUAUUCUGCACCCAGUAGGUUUUGCAACACAGUGGAGUCAUCCCUCCCCUCCAAGAGAUGUAGCAGCCACUGGCCAGCACACAAGAGUCCCAAGGAAGGACCACUGCAUGCUGCCAGUGAGGCAGUCACACAGGGACCAGAGACCCUGGAAUCCUGAAGUCCUGCUCCCAGUGGAUGUGAUGGCUUCACAGGACAGCUGCCAACCUGUAUCAGACAGCAGAAUGCCUUGCUUUGAAGCCACUCAGCACUUGAAAAAUCUGAGUUUACACACAACUGGCUAGUAAACCUUAUAAGGGUUUAGCAUGAGUAACCAAUGCCUUGCACACUUACAAAAUAAUCUGAGUUAUGAAACGUAGUUUUGCACACUCUUCCACAGCCGGUCCAUGGGAGUAGGCAAACCUGUAGACCAUCCCCUCUGGACUGAUUUGUGUAAGAGGACUCAUUGCCUGCAGUUGCAAGUAGCAGGUUAUGAGGUGUGAUAGGGAAAUGGGUGUGAGAUUCUCUGACUUAAAAAGCACACUCUAAAGGCUGCAUGCAUCUCUCCAUAAAUGACCAGAGUCCUCUUUUGUAACACUGUCUCCAGUAAACAGUUCAAAUGUUUGGAAGGGUUUUGGCUGGCCUUUGGAUUGUACGUGUGAGCACAUGCCCUACUCCCGGAAGUAGGAAGCACAGUGCUGCCCUGCCCAGCCAACCUCCGGUGCACAGAAGCCUUAGGGAAAGCGGGCGCUGCAGCCACACCAGCUUUCCCCAUCCCACACUCUUGUCCGUUGCUGCCACUGUGUGAAUGGUGGUUAGACCGCCUGUCUACCUAUGUCUCCAACCCAACCUCACCAAUGCCAAGUGCUGGCAUUGGUGGCAAUGCCAAACUGUCCCUACAUUCUGUUUAUCCUUGGGAAAGAAAAGCAUGGGUGUGUACUUUUUCCCUGCCCCAGCGUGGUGCUUCUUGCCUAAAUUACUCAUGGCAGAGUUUUCUCCUCUCUGGAAGGGCCUACACCAGCAGCUCAGACACUUUCCAGCAGGGCCUUCAGGCUCCCUUAUCAUCCAUCACCAUGGAUCAGCCUCGGCUUCACCAUCCUCACAUGGAGAGCCUGGGACUCUGCCUGGCCUCAAACACUUUGGACUUCCUAGGACUCUGAUUUCUGCUCCAAUGUAAAUAAAUAAAAACAUGGUCUCUUCUAAUUCUGGAUCAGGAGUAAGCCAACUUCUGAAAAGGGCUAGAUGAUAAAUAUUUUAAACUGUGUCAAUCAUGUUUUAAACUUUAUCCAAAUAUGUUGCUAUUGCUUCUACUGUAGCAUGAAAAAUAAAAUAUAUGUGAAUGAGA